CACUGAACCCCACCUGACUGGAAGGGUAUAUAUACAGAUGCCAAGGGGUUUGCAACGGUCAAUUGACUCCGCAUGCGCUCUCCCUGGAUCCGGAGAAACGCAGUUCAGCCUUCAUGUCGCCGUCGACGCGAGGUGCAGUAUGGCUCACGCUCCUUACAACAUUCACGUUCUUUACAUACCUGACUACGGCGUACAAUCCAAGCCUUUGGCCUGAGCAUUACACAUACGGAUUCCACGAGUCAUGCGAUCCCUUUCCCUACGUGGAGGAUGCCGUGGAUGAAGCCAUCAGAAUGGCGGACGUUAGUGGCGAACACUUUCGACGUAUACUUGGGGACCAGGAUAUGAAUUCGGCGUUCAAGCGCGUGUUCAGGGCCAGAGACUGGUUACUGCCGAGAGACAAGUACGGGCUCAGAGACACGACAUGGAAGAUCUACAAAAUAAUCGCGAACAUGCGGCCCUAUGGCGGCAGAAGGUGGUGGGAUGCGCAUAUCCACAUCUACUGCGACAACGACAAGCGCUGGGAGCUAAUGCCGGACCGCGGUGAGCAACCAGAACUCUCCGGGGAAAUAAACAGUGACCUAGGGCAGCAGCUCAGUCACAUUUCUAAGUCCCGGGCCAAGAAAUACUCCACGAGCAACAUAGAGAUGCAGAUAGUGACGCCCAACAGUAAACGUCCCAUCGAUGACCAAAUCUGGGAGGACAAGAUGAGCAGUGUGUUUGCGAUCGGUCUGCCGGAAUGCCGCGACCCGGUUUUCGAAGAAGAAGAAGGAGGGUAUGCCGCGGCGAUGUACAAUCAAGUGAGGCCAGCGCCGCCAUAUCGACAAGUGACAACGGUGGCCACGAUAAGUGUGUGUAAUGCCCAAUCAGCAGCUAGGGUAGCGACGAUACGAGAACUGAGGCAUGCCGGGUUUUUUAAUCGUCACGAGGCUCUGAUAGAUGACAUGGCCUAUCUUUUGAGUUUUCAUAUUCUACAUGAGCUUAUGCGUAUUCACCCAAUGAACAGAUUAUUCAACGAAUCUGCACAGGACUGGGGAGAAAUCACCAAGUUAAAUGCCACCGAUGCAUUAAGCAAUGCGGCGAAUUUAACUUUCUUUGCCUUGCUAAUGCGAAUGCAUGCCGUGGGGUGGGUGCUGAGUAGGGACGAGACAAGAGCCGAACUAGGUGUUCUGACUGGCCCUAACAACAUAGAACGGCCAGAGUGGGUUAUGCGUAAUGCUCCUACUCCUCCUCCUCGUCCUCCCCCAAGAUUUCAAAGAUGGGUCGACGCAUUAAUGAGAGGAAUUGGUAAAAUUGGCCGUAAAGGGGGCUCGAGUGACUCAGGAAGCGCCUGGUCGGCAAGCAGUUCAGUGCGCGGUGGUGAUGAUGUUGAUGAUGACCCCUUCGCAAACCCAGGAAUCGCCCCGCCGGCAGGCAGUUCAGGGAGACAUAAGACGCCUACUAAAGAUUUGAAGGGUAAGGGUAAGGCGAAGGAGGAAGAUGAUGGAGUAGACUUGAACUUGGGCAAAAAGACGUAUAAUAAAUAG